UCGCUUCUACGGACACUCGUUUGGGACAUACGUCAUCGAGCUUCCGCCCAAGUGAGAAGCAGCAAAACUUUAAGUAUCAUUUCCCGGGAAACCCAGUUGUUUGGACACGUUGUUGCCGUUAGGUGGGAUCUGACCACUGCACCGGAGCUACAGCCGCUUAAAGUACACAUUUAAUCGCUUUCAUAGCAGCUGUUUGUAACCAUAGAGUGUAUAAAUACGGUUUUACCCGACCGGUUUUAGGAUGUCCGUUGUGGUUGAGAGCACGCAGGGCUGGGUUUUGGAUGCUCGCUCACUUAUUGAUCAGGGGUAUUCGCGUUGCAUCAGAUUGAGAAAUCAUAAUAAUCAAAAGUCACAUGUGAAGUGUCGUUUCAAAAGGCAGUGUUUUCAGGUUUUAAAAAGCCACUGCAAUGUGAGUGCCAGUGCUGCUGCUGUGGAGGGAGGAAACGCGGACAUGUUGCAGAAAACAGACAAACAAUCAAAGAAAAGGAAACGAAAGCACAGUGAACUCAACCAGGGGGAAGUGGAUUCACAGGCCUUCCAUGAGAAGAUCAGGUCUGCUGUCCUGGAGGGGACCAAGUCUUUAGUGGAUAGUGCCAGACCCCUCGGACAUCUAAACGGUGCUGCAGACGCCGUGAAAGAGCCUCUGCCCUCUGAGGAGUGCAGCCUCGCUGCUCUUUGUGAAAUGGCUAAAGAGCUCCCUCUGGUGGACGAUGAGGAGCAGGACGAGUGUGUUCUGCCACUUGUUGCUGAAGAUGGCAGCACGUCACACGUCGACUUGUUCUCUCGGGUAACAGAGAACCGGGCGGACUGGGCAGCAGUGGUCACACUGAUGGGAGAGGAAUAUGUAAUACCACCACACACAGCCUUCCUGCUCUCUGAUUUCACAAGAAUACAGCCCCUCGUCCACUAUGGAAGAAGGUUUGACUUAAUAGUUAUGGAUCCACCGUGGGAAAACAAGUCUGUGAAAAGGAGUCGCAGGUAUAGUUCUUUGCCCUCAUCCCAACUGAAACGGCUCCCGAUACCCACACUGGCCUCCCCGAACUGUUUAGUGGUCACCUGGGUGACAAACCGGCCCAGCCACCUGCGUUUUGUCCGUGACGAGAUGUAUCCACACUGGGGGGUCGAAGUUCUGGCUGAAUGGUUGUGGGUCAAGGUGACCACAUCUGGACAGUUUGUGUUUCCACUGGAUUCCCUUCACAAGAAGCCUUAUGAGGUGCUGGUGCUGGGCCGAUAUCGUUCCCCCGCAGAAAACUCUACAAGCUCUUCAGAGAGGUCGGAGGUUCCUGUGGAGAAUCACCGUUUGAUUGUCAGCGUCCCGUCAGCCCUGCACUCCCAGAAACCCUCACUCUCAGAGGUGUUGAAGCCCUACAUCGCAGCUGAAGCCAAGUGCUUGGAGCUGUUUGCCCGAAGUCUUCAACCUGGAUGGACCAGCUGGGGCAACGAAGUGCUCAAAUUUCAGCACACAAGCUAUUUCACUCUGUCGCCUGCAGACGAUGGAGCGGACGUCCCUAAAGACGACAAACCUGGAGAGUCCUCUCCUCCCCGUCACUGUUCCUCCACUGUGGACUUAUGACCGACCUUUGACACGUGUCACAUCAGUAUUUUAGUGUGUUUUUAAUAAAGAUUCAACACCAGUAUACUUCUACACCAGUUCCUUUUGAUCCGUACUUCUCAUGCAUGUGGGACCUUUGAUUUAUCUUUUUGAGGGGGUCUGGGUACAUUUUUAAGAAAGUGCAUCACAGGGCUUAUGAUGCAUUUGGAGAGAUGAAAGUGCAUUUCUGUGAAGCUAUGUUUUUAACUUCCCACACUGCGUGCACAUAAACAACACUCAAGGUUUAUUUUUUUGCCUUUUGAGUAAUCUUUGGCACAAUAUGUGUCUUAAGGAGGAUCAAAGUAUCUCUAUUUUUACUCUUUUUAUGUUGUUUUGAACUGAAUUUCAAAAUGUUUCCCCAAUACUAAUGAAAGAUGCAGUUUAAUACUGAAUGCAGUUGGUUUGUAGCCGUCCUUUAACACAACUUUUGUUUAAAGUUUUCACUUGAAGUGUUGCAUCCUGUCAAGGACGCCCAGAUCGACGCGCUUAUAUAACAUGUCCGUGAAUUUUCAUUGUUUUCACUGAAAGGCGCACUCUUCAGCGUGUCGCACAUCUAACCGUCAGCAUGGCCAUUAACCUACCUUUUCCCAUCGGGUGGGUCCUCUCUAAUGAGUCUGUGGUCUCCAGAGAGGAGAGCAGAGCUGUCUUUAAAGCAGAUGAGAAUGAGUUACAGCCACUGCAGCACAGUACACAUCACAGCUAAUGAAGCCAGAGCGUGACUCAGGAGGAGCUUGUUCACAUUAGCUUGUCAUGCUCUCUGU